AUGAAUAAAGAUGUUCAACUUGACUAUACUUUUCUAACUGAUGAACCAUAUACAUCAGAGUUAUACAGCAGUUUACUUGAGCCGGCACUCAAUCAAGUGAAAGAAUCAUAUACAAUGUCUCAUAAAAAACCAAUUACAAGAGAACAAAUCGCAAAAAUUAUUAUUUCUUCUGCAGCUCAAGGAGCAGCAAUAGGAUUUUUGCGUGCUUCUACAAAAGUCGCAUUUGGAAACAUGACUCACGAUUACGAAUCACAAGAAAAGAAAGGUCCUAAGGACUUGUAUUUCCUUCAGUAUUACACAAACCCAAAGAAAUAUCCUUCCAUGCUUAGAGGACUCAAAUCUGAAUUAAAAGUAGAAAUUUCUUACAAGACUUGCCAAAAAUCAUUGAAUGCGCUUUCUAAAAUCUUAAUUAACCCGAAAAACUUAGAGUUUCAUCAGUCUCUUGGCGUUAGUCUUGUUAGAACAUUCACUUGUAAUCUCAUUACAGCAUCGACUGUUUAUCCUCUAUCAUUAUAUUUAUACACGAACCAUUCUGCUGAAGAAAUCAUGCGUAAAACUCUCAAACACGCUGGACCUGGUUCAUUAUUUUCGAGCUUUACUUCUCUCGGCUUAUCGAUUGUUAAAUCGCUUCUGCCCUCACAAAAAGAUACUAUUUCUGUUCUUAUGGAUAUUAUUUCUUAA